AUGAGUAAGGGACGCGAUGUGCCUCCACCCUACGGACCUCCACCUGCUGCGCCUCCGAGUUACGCGCAGGCAGUUGGGGGGGUUCCCCCAACGGCACCAUACAUUCCUACUUAUCAUUUACGUAAAGAUCCAGAAAUCCUCACAACAAUAGUUCCGGUGGUAGGACCUAAUCCCACCCACAUGGUAUGUCCGCAUUGCGGGGCCGAAAUUGAUACCACUACCAAAUGCAAACCUGGAUUGAAGGCCUACCUUUCCAGUGCGUUGUUGUGUUUAUUGGGAUGUGUUUGUGGAUGUUGCCUGAUCCCGUGCUGUAUGGAGCAAUGCAUGGAUAUAAACCACAGUUGUCCGAAUUGCGACUCUUAUCUCGGAACGUACAAAAAGUAA